AUGGGCAACCGAGUCUGUCCAUUAUGUGAAGUAAGUUUAACGGCGCCAUUCACAAGGGUAUGCCCCAACAAGUUCUACCAUGGCCGAACUGGGCGUGUCUGGAACAUCACCAAGCGCGCUAUUGGCGAGGAGGUUAACAAGCAGGUUGGGAACCGAAUCAUUAAGAAGAGGAUUCAUGUUCGUGUGGAGCAUGUCCAGCCCUCUAGAUGCACUGAGGAGUUCAGAAACAGAAAGUUAAGGAAUGAUAAGCUCAAGGCUGAGGCGAAGUUGAAGGGUGAGGCCAUCAGCACCAAGAGGCAGCGAGAGGGUCCCAAGCCAGGUUUCAUGAAAUAUUCCAAGAGUCCAAGAUUUUCGGUUUAUGAAAGACAAAAGCAAGAGGCAUUCUCAUCUUUCAUGCACUACAAAUCUUAUCUUUCACGCAAGGCACAUAACCUCACGACACCAGGUCUUCAUGGCAGCUCACCUCACUAG